AUGGCCGCUAUCGCUGAAACCGUGUGGCAGUACCAGCAGCAGUACGAAUCUGCCCUUGACGCUUUUUUCGAGUUCAAGGCCACCGGAAAAGUAGCAUCGGCCGGCCCCAAAUUAGAUAUGGAUCGUGUUGAGAAAUUAGAAAAGGAGAAUGUUGAGCUCAAAGCUACCCUCGCGGAAGUCCUCAAGCGAUUAGCUGCUCUUGAAGGUAACACCAAGGUGCAGGCCGCCCCUGCCGCCGCUGGCGACGCCGAGGAAGAUGAUGAUGACGUCGAUCUCUUCGGAUCCGACGAUGAAGACGAUGCUGAGGCUGAGAAGAUCAAGGCCGAACGAGUCGCUGCCUACAACGCCCGAAAAGCCGCCAAGGAGGAGAAGAAGGGCAAGGUCAUCGCCAAGUCUAACAUCAUCUUCGAUGUCAAGCCCUGGGAUGACGAGACCGACAUGGCCGAACUCGAAGCCAACGUACGAACUAUCGAAAUGGACGGACUCCUUUGGGGAACUGGUAAACUCGUUGCCAUCGGCUACGGUAUUAAGAAACUCCAGAUCACGUGUGUUAUCGAAGACGACAAGGUCUCCACUGAUCUUUUGGAAGAAAACAUCACCAACUUCGAGGACUACGUCCAGUCUGUCGAUGUUGUCGCCUUCAACAAAAUCUAA